GGCGGCGCGCGGGGGCCCGGCGGCGGGGGCGGCCCGGCCCGGAGGAAGAGGAGGCGGAGGAGGAGGAGCGCGAGCGCGCCGGACCGCAGCGUAUAAUUGCUGAGGAUACUCAAAAUGGCUCUGCGCUUCCGCACCUUACUACCUUUUGCCAUACCCGGAGUGCUGGCGCUCAUUGGAUGGUGGUGGCUCUCGUCGCGUAAAAAAGAACGUGCCAGCAAUCAUGAGAGACCAGACUUGGACAGCUUGGAAGCGUGCAGGGUGGGCUCUCCCAAGAGGGAGCCUGGCUGUAGGGAACAUCCCGGACCUCGUGCCCGAGAAGGCGCGCCAUCAGACAGCACGCUCGCUCUGCCUUCAGAAACGGCGUGUUCUGCCGAAGGACUGACUUGCACACUUUCACCACCCCUGAGGGCGUCCCCGUCAGAGCAGAGUGCCCAGAGCUUUAAUUCCUCAGGAGACCCUCCUGCCCCUGCUGGAACGACCCCUGAAUCCCACAUGCCUCAGGACGACAGUAAAAAACUGGAUAGCGUGGUGGUGCCCCAGGGUGUGUUUGGGUUCCCUGCACAAGAGCCUUUUCUUACCGCACAAAUGACCAGUGACUCCCUCGGCGCUGACAUUACUGCUGGGGGCCGGCCGGAUUCUAGUCAGGUUGCAGACCAGGUGCCGUUGGUGGCUUCCUCGGUGGAAUCCCCCCGUCCGGAAGAGUUAUUGGGGGAUAGCUCAGAGAAAAAGAGGACUGGAGGUGUAAGUUUGGACGAAGAGGAAGUUGAGAAAAUUGAGCAGGUAGCCAUCCAUAUAAUUUCACAGGUCAUCUUGGCCGCCACUGAGGAAGUGCUUUCCAGUUCAGUUAGUAACAUGACUGACAGGCUUUGUCAGAUGGCAGCCAGCCACAUUGACAAACCGCUGGAAAAGGUGCCCUCCGGAGCUGUUCAUCCGGCAGAAUCCACCAAGGGCAAUGACUGCGUCUCUGAGAAGGCAACAGUGGGAUCUCCUCCCCCACCAGAAGAGAGAACCCACUGCCACGCAACGUUCUCAAGCCACUUGACACAUGGCGUCUUGGCCAACCUGAAUUGCAGCCAGCCCAGGGACUCCAGACAUGUCCAGCAGCCUGCUGGUGAGCCAACCACAGUUGCAAACCACAAGGAGUUUAAAGAUGUUCAUGUUGUGACAGAAGAUUCUGACUGCAGCGCAUGCACCUCAGAAGAUGCGGUGAGCACGGAAGACCUUUUGAAAAAUGGCUCUUCUCCCAUUUCUCGGCAACGCCUGGAUUCGUUGACUGUGUCCGCAGUCAAAGACUCGGAGCAGAAUUCUGCACUCAGCAAGAGACCUCCGUCCCCCAUGCCGUCUGAGAAUAAGGUGUCGUAUAGCAACGGAGUACUGCGGGAGGACAGCUUGGACCUGCACCAUGAGCAGCCGUGGCCGACAGAAGUGGACGCUGAUCACUCUGGAGGUUCAGAUGUAAAUAGCAUGGAUUCUGUGGACAGCGGUUGCCAGAACUUGGGAGCUGAAUCAAAUAAGGCGGAGUUUGUUAUCUGGGAGAUUGAGGUACCAAAGCAUUUAGUUGGACGGCUAAUCGGUAAGCAGGGGCGGUACGUGAGCUUCCUGAAACAAGCGUCUGGUGCCAAGAUCUACAUUUCGACAGUUUCUUAUGCUCAGGAUUUCCAGAUCUGCCAUAUAGAAGGCUCCCAGCAAAAUGUUGACAAAGCCUUGAAUUUGAUUGGCAAGAAGUUCAAAGAUUUGAGCCUCGCCAAUGUCUAUGCUCUGCCCCCUCCUGCAAUGCCCCUGCAUUCCCUCCCUAUGACUUCCUGGCUCAUGCUUCCCGACGGAGUCACGGUGGAAGUAAUAGUGGUUAAUCAAGUCAACGCUGGGCAUCUCUUUGUACAGCAGCACACGCACCCCACUUUUCAUGUCCUGCGUAGCUUAGACGAGCAGAUGUACCUCUGCUAUUCCCAGCCUGGAAUUCCGACUAUGCCAACGCCUGUGGAAGUUGGCGUAGUCUGUGCUGCCCCUGGCAUGGAUGGUGCCUGGUGGCGAGCGCAAGUCGUUGGCUACUUCAAAGAUGCUGGUGAAGUGGAGAUCAGAUACGUGGACUACGGUGGAUAUGAGAGAGUCAAAAUCGACACGCUCAGGCAGAUCAGGUCUGACUUUGUAACACUCCCUUUCCAAGGAGCUGAAGUCCUGUUGGACAACAUAGUGCCCCUUCCAGAUGAAGACCACUUUUCAUCAGAAGCUGACACAGCGGUUAGCGAAAUGACUCGAGGCACGCCGUUGCUGGCACAGGUUACCAAUUAUGACAGUGUGACGGGGCUGCCUUUGAUACAGCUGUGGAGCAUGAUGGGAGAUGAGUUGGUGUCUAUAAACCGGACCAUGGUGGAAAGAGGGUUCGCGAAGUGGAUUGAAAGCUACUAGGAAAGGCGCUGGUGUUCUCCUGACUAGUUGUCUCCCUUGUCCACUCCUUUAUAUUGCCUUUGUGUGUGUGUUGGCACUGUUUCAGAAUCAGGUUUGGCGAUCCCUUUCAACACACAAAGCAUAUGCUGUUGGCACAUCUGGUCUGAUCCAAUAUGUUCAUCUGAUAGUUAUGCAUUUUUCCACCUGUGUACUUCAUUUUGUCGCAAGGAAGGGAGUUAAACCAUAAGCCAUAAAGAUACUGUAUCUCUGAAGCCUAAUUUUUUUCUUCUCUCCCUUACCUGGGUCCAAAAGAUUAAAAAAAAGUAUAUAUGAAUGAAAAAUCCUGUCAGGGUAGGAUGGGAAAUUGCCAUGGAUUUAAACUUGUGUGUUGAACACACACACCCAUUGUCAGACUGACUGCUGCAUUAACAUUUGAGAUAAUCCUGCUUGGAAGCAAAGAUCUCUUCAGACCAGCAAUAAGUAAAGGAAAGGGCUGGAGUUCUGGGAGCGCACAGCCCCAUGUUUUUCUGAAUUUCCAAACGUGUUGGCUGUAGUCAGCUUGAUGGUAGUAGCUGGAAAAUGAAUGGAGAACCAUCAUUGUGGUACUGUUUUUGUUGUUGACUUGGUUUUAUAAUUAAGGCUCAGUUUGUGCAAGAAAAAGCAACUGCCAUUUUGCAGACUCCUUAAACUGAUUAAAUAAACCAUGAUAGCAGCAAUCUUUUUUUAAAUCCCCAGAUCAUGCUUAAACAAACAAAAAUUGAUUGCCAAGCCUGAUAGAUAGGAUUCCAGUUUUCUAGCUGUGCAACAACCUAUGUAAAUAUAUAUAAAAAUAUUGUAAUAUUUUGUACAAGAGGGGGGAAUAACACUGGAGAAAAAAACCUAAAAGGGAACAUAAAAUGAAAUCAACUUUUUUACACCGAAAUGUCCUCUGUAAUUAAGAAUGAUUUGGCUUAUAUCAGUGCAGCGAAGUGCUGGAAGCUGUGGGGGCCUUUUGCACUCUUAUGUAUAGGAUGACUGUUUCCGCUAGCUUGCUGAAUGGGAUGGACAGUAAUAUACAGACUCUUUGCUACUACUUUGUUGUACAGAUCUGACUUCAAAAAAGAGGGGGGAGGGUAACAUUUGGAAUUAAUAUUGCAGUGGUGUGUCUUGCUCUCUUUGCUCCUCUUUAGAUUGGUUUCAAAUGUGGAAUUUAAAAAAAGAAUCAAAUAAUUUAAGUUAAUUUAAUACCAUUAAAACAUACAUGAAUUUAAACAUG